UUGAGAAUGUCUCUGCCAAGUCGACAAGCUUUUGUUAACCCUCCCCCACCGGAGUAUAUAAACACGAGGAAGAGUGGGCGAUCUACAAAUCAGCUGCAGUAUCUGCAGAAAGUCCUGCUGAAGGCUUUGUGGAGGCACGGUUUCUCCUGGCCUUUUCAGCAGCCUGUAGAUGCCGUCAAACUAAAGUUGCCUGAUUAUUAUACCAUUGUAAAAAACCCAAUGGAUUUAAAUACAAUUAAGAAGCGCUUGGAACAUAAAUAUUACAUGAAAGCUUCAGAAUGUAUAGAAGACUUCAAUACAAUGUUCUCAAAUUGUUACCUAUACAACAAGCCUGGAGAUGACAUUGUUCUUAUGGCACAAACUCUUGAAAAGUUGUUCAGGCAGAAAUUAUCUCAGAUGCCACAAGAAGAGCAAGUUGUGAGUGGUAAGAAAAGAGUGAAGAAAGGCACUCAACAGAAUGUAGCAGUUUUUGUUAAAGAAAAACAGUCCCCCAACGCACUGGAAAAAAUAUUUAAGCAGCAAGUGGUUCCCUCAGUAUUUCCUGAGAUUCCAGUUUCUCCUUCAAACACGGCACUAGGUGCUCCACUCAAUCCUACCUCACAGACAGUGGCCCAGGUUACAAAGGGUGUGAAGAGGAAAGCAGAUACAACAACUCCUACGACUGCUGUAGUGAAGGCGAGUGGUGACUCUCCCCCAACACUCGCAGGAAAGAAAUCAGGAAAAAUGCCACCUGUGAAAGGAAAUGUGCUAGAGAGUGUUUUGCCGGAUUCUCAGCAACAACACAAAGUUGUAAAGAAUGUGAAAGUAACCGAACAAUUAAGGCACUGUAAUGAGAUUCUAAACGAAAUGCUUGCCAAGAAGCACGUGUCAUAUGCCUGGCCCUUUUACACGCCUGUCGACAUCGAUGUUCUGGGGCUCCGUGACUACCGUGAUGUCGUCAGAAACCCGAUGGACCUCGGGACUAUUAAGGGGAAAAUGGACAACCAAGAAUAUAAAGAUGCAUAUGAGUUUGCUGCAGAUGUUAGAUUAAUGUUCAUGAAUUGCUACAAAUACAAUCCUCCAGAUCACGAGGUAGUGACAAUGGCUAGAAUGCUUCAGGAUGUUUUCGAAACGCAUUUUGCAAAGAUCCCCGAUGAACCUGUUGAGAGCAUGCCUGUGUGUUACGUCAGAACGGACACCACGGAAGCCCUCGGAGAGAGCAGCAGUGAGGCUUCCUCCGGAGACGACUCUUCCGGUGACUCUGAAGAUGAACGCGUUCAGCGUCUUGCGAAGCUUCAGGAGCAGCUUAAAGCAGUUCAUCAGCAGCUCCAGGUCCUGUCCCGAGUGCCUCUCCGUAAGCUGAAGAGGAAGAAUGACAAGCCUAAAAGGGAAAAGAAAAGAGAAAAGAUUGAUAACAGAGAUGAGAAUCCAAGGAAAAAGUUGAAGCAAAUGAAACUGAAGAAGUCCAAGUGCAAUCAGCCAAAAAAGAGGCGACAACAGGUCUUGGCUAUGAAAUCUGAAGAUGAAGAUGCCGCCAAGCCUAUGAGCUACGACGAGAAAAGGCAGUUAAGUUUGGAUAUAAACAGACUCCCUGGAGAUAAGCUGGGGCGAGUCGUUCAUAUAAUACAGUCCCGAGAGCCUUCACUGAGAAAUUCCAGCCCCGACGAGAUAGAGAUAGACUUUGAGACGCUGAAAGCGUCGACUCUGAGGGAGCUGGAGAAGUAUGUUGCUGCGUGUCUGAGAAAAAGGCCGCUGAAAGCUCACGGUAAGAAAAUAAUGAAGUCCAAAGAACUUCAUUCACAGAAAAAGCAAGAGUUGGAAAAGCGGUUGCUGGAUGUCAGUAGUCAGUUAAAUUCUGGAAAGCAUCAGACAAGACCUGAGGAAACUCAGUCAGCCAGGGCCCUGGGAGGCGGGUCCCGGCUGAGCGACACCAGCAGCAGCGGCAGCGGCAGCGGCAGCUCGUCGGAGUCCGGGAGCAGCGGCGGGGCCUCCGCGUCCGCAGACAGCAGUGAGUCCGAACCAGAAAUGCUUCAUCAAUUUACUGGAGCAAAACACAAUGAUUCUCCUUCUAAAGAGAAAGUAAAGAUACAGUCUUCUGUGCAAGAUGCAGCCUCUGGGAAAACUACCCGUGCUCAUCAGACCACGUGUUCAGGUGGAGCAGCACCAAAUCACCACCAGCCAGUGCUUGAUCGUCAAGGAUCAGAACAUUUACAGGGUGUGGAAAGCACGUCAGCUUUGCAACUUGUGCCUCCUUCAGGGUACUUCAGGUGUCCUGUGUCUGUCCUCUCCGUUCUUUGUCUUGCCUUUGUCCUCACUUCGGCCACCAGGAAGCGCCUGCCCCUGGAAGCCCUGCGUUGGCCCCGGCUCGCCCUCCUCCAAGUGGUGCACUGGUGUGGGGGCAGGGUCGCCGCCACCGGCCCGGCCCGGGGAAGGCCGCGCCUGGGACGGAGGUCCGUGCGCAGGCAGGGCCGCUGCGCCCCGGGAGGUUCUGAGCAGCGCCUGGCUGCCCCGCCUGCGCGGCAUCAGGCCGGCGGUGACGACACAGUGGCAUCAGAAUCAGAAUGUCACCUUCCUGUGCAGAAGGAUCUAAAGAUCAAGAAUGCAGACUCUUGGAAAAGUUUAGGCAAACCAGUUAAAACAUCAGGUGCACUGAAAUCAUCAGAUGAGCUCUUCAACCAGUUCAGAAAAGCAGCGAUAGAAAAGGAAGUAAGAGCCCGCACACAGGAACUAAUACGGAAACAUCUGGAGCAGAAUACAAAGGACACUCAGGCACCUCAAGAAAAUCAGAGUGACCACGGCUGCACUCAAGAACCUUUUCCAGAUAAAAUGCAAAACAAGUGUCUUGGAGCCGAGCAGAAGGAACGUCAGCAGUCGCUGGCGGCGCAGGAUAAAGGCCGACUCUGGCUUCUCAGAGACCGGAAUUUAGCUCGGGAGAAAGAGCAAGCGCGGAGGAGGCGAGAGGCAAUGGCUGGUACCAUUGAUAUGACUCUUCAAAGCGACAUUAUGACAAUGUUUGAAAACAACUUUGAUUAA